AUGCAAUCGGGCGAUGGGUUCUUGGGUCUUGUGAGAUCGUGCCGGGAUCUCGUGGCGGCGGAGGCGAUCCACUCUCGCAUUGCGUCACUGCUUCCAAUCGUGGACGAUGUCUACGUCGCCAACAAUCUGAUUGAGAUGUAUGGGAAAUGUGGGUCUGUAGAUCGUGCGCGCCAGGUCUUCGAUGCCAUUCGAUCCAAGAACUGCUACUCCUGGUCGAUCCUCCUCUGCGCUUACUCGCACAAUGGCUACCUGGCCCAGGCCAAGGAGGUCUUCGAUGCGAUGCCUUGCAAGCACGAUCCCAUCUGCUGGAAUUCGAUGCUGGCGGCCUAUGUGCGGAAUGGGCAUCUGGAGGAUGCCAAGCGCUUCUUCCAGAUCGCGCCAGUGACGAAUCUAAUCUCCUGGAACACGCUUCUAUCCGCAUUUGCCCAGCGUGGGGAUCUGUGGGAAGCGACAAGAAUCUUUCAGGGAAUCCCACUCAGGACGCAAAUCUCAUGGAAUUCCAUGCUCGCAGCGCUUGCCCUAAACAAUGGCCUCCAAAAUACGGUCGAUUUCUUCCACCAGAUGCCCAACCACGACAUCGUCUCUUUCACAACGCUUCUCUCGGCAUAUGCCCAAGCCGGACACGUGGAAGGCGCAAAGCGCAUAUUCGAUAAGAUGCCCCAACGGAACUACGUGACGUGGAAUGCCAUGCUGACGGCAUAUUCCCAGAACGGGCACCUGGAAGAUGCUCGGAGAUUAUUCGAUGGUCUUGCAGAGCGCGAUCUCUCCUCCUGGAAUGCGAUGAUCACCGCAUACGCGGAGGCAGGGCAAGUGGAAGAGGCCAGACAGAUCUUCCAGGCGAUGCCAGUGGUGGAUUUGGCGUCCGCCACUGCGAUGCUGGUGGCAUUCGCGCAGUCCGGCCGGAUCGAUCGAGCCUGGGCUUUGCUUCUCGAGAUGCCGGUCCAAGAUCUCAAGUCCUCCACGGCGAUGAUCGCGGCUCUCGUCCAGGCCGGGCAUCUGAACGAGGCGAAGCGCGAGUUCCAACAAAUGGAGCAGCGUGAUCUCGCUGCUUGGAACACGAUGCUCUCGGCAGAAUCACAGAGUGGGAAUCUGGAAGAGGCGAGGUGCGCGUUGGAGAGUAUGCCCGAGCACAACACGGUCUCCUUCACGACGAUUCUCUCGGCAUAUGCCCAACACAGGCAUCCUGAAGAAGCAGCACGGAUCUUUGCACUGAUGCCUGCCCGCGACGUUUCUUCUUGGAACGCAAUUCUAGCAGCAUUUUGCCAUGCCCAGGAGCUUUCCAAGGCGGUAGAAACGUUUUUCGAGAUGCCCGAGAGGGAUCUCGGGCCGCUGCUCCAGCGUUUUGGAAUUGCUGGCAAGAAUGAAGAUCGCGGCUGUGUGCCCCGACGAGACGAGCCAUUUGCUGCUUCUCACGGCCUGCGCUCGAAGUGGAGAAGUGGAGAGAGGGAGAUCCUGCUUCGUUUCGAUGGUGAUGGAUUACGAGCUGCAAGCUAG